AAUUCACAACUCCUCUAUUCAUGUCUUCUCCAGAGCUUACAGCCACGAUGGGACCUUUCUCAUGUGCUAAUCAACAACAAGGAGGGCAAUCCGGAUGCUCCAAAACAGGGACUGAAACUUGUUCUGCUUGUAAGCUGGUGCUGUACUGCAGCAAAUCAUGCCGGGAAGCACACUGGCCCAUCCAUAAGCUAGAUUGCACAAACCACAUUCGCAAGUCCUCUUGGAAACCAGCAUGGGAAAUUGAGCGGCGUAAGCCUGCAUUCAUCAAUGAUUUGGAUGAUAGCGGCACUGCAAGCAUGGCCAUACAUGGUGCUAACAAGUAUUUGUGGGGGAAUGUACCUGCAAUCGACUUGCUUCAGUUGAAAGAGAAUGAAGGCAGCAACACAAAUCAAGAUCUCUGUCUGCUUUUCGCUGCCUCUGGAGAUCCCAGAAACUUCAUCAAAACGAUUGCUUCCCUAUCCGGUGAAUACCAGGGAUAUAUCCACGUCGAUAUCAACGAUAGAGACGAGACCGUCGUUGCGCGAAAUGUUUUGAUGAUCCUGAUUGCGCUCAAUUUCCCCCCUGAAACUGCCAGUGACAUGAUCAUUCAUAUCUGGUACUCUGCGUUUCUGACCGAAUCGAUUGCUCAGUCAAUCAAGAAUACCAUCCUUCCAAUCAUCCAAGACGUUUUGAACUCGAACAUAGUGAAACCUGGCGCAUCUUCAAGUGCUCUCUGGACGUACGGCGAAACCAAACUAAGUGUCGAGCUUGAUGGGAAGGUCUGGAACCUACUGCUUGCAUAUUGCAACGGAAAUCAUUAUAUCUCCUUUGAGCAUGCGGCAGAUUUGAGGAGAUCAGUGACCAUGGUUCUCAGUCGGAUUGACUAUCUCGACAGAGCCAUGUUCCUCCUUCCCCCUUCAUGGCGUGUUGCGAAAAUCAAGUUCCGGACAGACGGCCUGCUUUUACCGUUUGGGGCAGCACGCGGCGAUUUCAACGUGCCAAAUCCGACGUUUUUCCACAGCCAGACUUCGUGGCCAAUGACGGACUUUGCUGACCCCCUUCAUGGAUGGGAGCUCCGCGAUGUGCUGCAGGAGGCUUAUUCUGCAAAAGAUGACAUUUACGGACUCCUAUACAUGCAUAUUCGACAACACUUGGUCAAAUUCUGCAAGAGACUCUCCGCGUUGUGGUUAAGUAUGUCUCUGUUUUGUAUGGAUGCGUUGGUCCUACCUACCCGAAUCGUGGAAAUUGAUGACGAGCGCCGUUAUGAUCGUAUCGAUGUCGCCAAUAUCACCAACCUCGCCUCCUUGGGUCUUCCACGUACCAUUAGCCUUUACGGACCACUCCUUCAACACCCAUCACUUAACCCAAAAGCGACACUACUCACAUUCUUCCUCAACACCGCGACUGAAAUGUCAACCAUUCAGGAAAGGGAGGAAUCCAAGAAAAAGACAGACAAGAUACUGCGCGAAUUCCUACCACUCAACCCAUACGGGCCACUGCGCGGUGAGGAAUACAAGCGCAGUGCCGAAUUUUUGAAUUUUGGCCAUUCUCGCAGUCUGUUGUUUGAUUUGGAGCCAGCUUUUGAACGAUACAUGAAGCGUUGGCGGUUCUUGGAGAUUGGGAAGAUGUCUCAUCUUGAGAUGAAAGCGAGACAUACGAUUAUCGACAAGUGGCCUAUGAGGUUGUCGAAGCGUCCUACAAAGCGGGAGUUUGAGUUGCUUCGUUGGUCUGGACAUGAUGGGUCGGAGAGAUAUGUUGAAUGGAGAAGGGUUUUGUGA